AUGGGGGAAAGAAAUCCCGGAAGUCUGAAUGAUGUUGUGAAAGCCAUAGGUGAGAAACAGCCAAAUAGCAUCAAGGAAGUUGUUAAGGUUCUAAAUGACCUGAUAGUUCGACUUGACGCAUUUGCGACCGACAUAAAAAGUGACGUAGAGAAGGUAAAGAGCUCGAAUGAUGAAAUCUACACUGAGCUGGUCGGUAUACGAUCAUCGCUCACCUUUUUGAACGCGGAUGUCGAACAACUAAAAAAAGAUGUCGGGGGCUUCCGUCGAGAACUAUCGGAAGUAAAGGUCCAAUGCACUCAGAACCAAAGAGAAAACCAGCAACUAAGCAAAAAACUCUGUGACGUCAAAAGAGAAGUCGUAGAACUGAAGCAAUAUUCUAGAAACAUGAAUCUCGAAAUUAAAGGGCUACCUAUUCUUCCAAACGAAAACUUGCAGAAGGCUGUGGGAGAAAUUGCGACCUGUCUAGGCGCCGAGAUUUCUGAGGGAGAUAUAGAUGUAGGGCAUAGAGUCCAGUCAAAGGACAAAGGGAAGCCGAAUGUGGUGGUAAAGUUUUCCUCGCGCACAGUACGUGACAGGUUUUUGUGUGCGGCCAGGAAGACGAAACUCAACACAAGUCUUCUAGGCUUCGAGGCAAACGACCCACUGUACGUAAAUGAACAUCUUUGUGUUGAGAAUAAGAUUUUGCUAAGUAAGGCUCGCCAGGAGAGGCGAGACAAGGACUGGAAAUUUGUUUGGGUGAGACAGGGCAAGAUUUUCAUGCGGAAGUGUGAAAACUCUCAUGUGCUGCAUGUGACGUGUGAAGGGGACCUUGCGAGAGUUGUGCAGUCGUCUCAAUAG